AUAAAAAUUAUACGAAUAUGACAGUUGAUGAUAUUUUCUUUUGCUUACCAAAAUUUACAUAUUGAAUUUGAAACUAAAAAUGUUUUUUUUUUUUUCCAUAUAAAAUAACCAUUUAAUAAAGAAUAAACUUUAUUCAUUAUGAGUUUUUUGACUGUGGAUCGCCAAACAACUAUGAAUAUGGAAAAAUCUGAUGAUAAUUCAGACAGCAAAGAUGACUUGGAGGUGGAUAAUUCAAAGAGUGUUCUGCUUAAAAUAGCUACCCUCUAUGCCGAGCAGUUGAUGAGUGACCUGACACUUCAAGUGGCUGGUGUCGAAUAUCCAGCUCAUAGGCUCAUACUGUGCGCCAGUAGUGAAGUGUUCCAGGUGAUGUUGAUGAAUCGCGAAUGGAGCGAAUGGCGGGAAAGUCGCAUCAUUCUCCAAGAGACACCGACUGCAGCAUCUGUCUUCCCACAUUUCUUGAAGUACUUUUAUACUGGCCAAAUACGUAUAUCGCAUCAGACUGUGCUUCCAGUGCUCUCGUUGGCUGAUAAAUAUAAUGUUAAGGACCUAGUCUCCCUGUGCCUGGGCUAUAUGUCUCAACACAUAGCGCAAGCCGCCAAGCGCGGCCAGCUGAUAGCGUGGAUGCAGUACACGAUGGCUUGUGGACAUAACGAGGUAGCCAAGGCAUGCCAGAACUUCGUAAAGUGGAACCUGGAGUGGGUGUGGUCGGACAGUGAGCUGGGUGAGCUUGAGGGGGAGACGCUGGUGCAUCUGCUCCAGCAGAGCGACCUGGUGCUUCACAACGAGAUGAGCCUCUAUGAAUUCGUGGUGCGAUGGUUGAACAAGCAACGCGAGCGGCUGAACAGCAGCGAGCUCAGUGCUUCCGAGAAGAAGCUGCACUGGGAAUCUCUGGUCCCGGCGGUCUUCUCACAUGUGCGGUUCCCAAUGAUGUGUCCGAAGCAAUUGGCCAAGUUGUUGCUGUGCCCCCUCACGCAGGAGCACAAGGACUUCUUCAUGGAACGCAUGGCCAUAGCCAUGAGUUAUCAGUCAGGGCAGUACGAGCGCGUGUAUGAGGUACAGCAGACAGAGGCGGGUCGCGAGUUGUUCACGCCGCGCCUGUACACCGAGGACACGUGGGGCUCGGUGCUGGCCGUCGACAACUUCCACUCGCUGCCCUGCUACCACACCAGGACCUUCAUAUUCUCCACGCGGCCCGCCAUAGCGGACGUGGCGCCCCACGACAAGCUGCUCGAGUGGACCGUCGACCUCUACCCCAAGGGCGUGUGGUUCAGAAAGAGCUUGCUCAUCGUCUGGGCGGGCACUUAUGAUGUGCCGGAAGUAGUGCUGCGGACGGUGCGCAUCUCUAUCACGUGCCAGAACUGCCCCGAGUCGCUGCUGGACGAGUACGGCGACAGCGACCACCUCGACGCCGACGUCAGGGUCAAGAUCGGUAUACUAGUGUGGGGUGUGCAGAAAGGCGUCGAACACGUGUCGUCGGUCGUGGAGAGAGUUCACCGCUUUUCAUCACAGAAUAGGGUGCUGAACAUCGAUGGCGCGUUAGACUUCGACGAGCUGAAUACGCCCCUGUACAGCCCCGCGCCGGCCGCCGACGCGGGGCCGGCCGCAGGGCCCGCGCCCGACCGUGACCGUUCUCCCACCCCGCGUCCGCACAAAGGACCUGGGCGAUGCCCGAAGUGCACUGACACCUGCGACUAUCCUGAACCUAAGCACCUGUUAGGUACAAAUCGGGACCAGUUACGGAUACAAGUAGUAAUAAUGCCACUAACGGAUUACUGCCACGUGGGUGUGACGGACUCUCUGCACGGAUGACCACGUGCCAUCCCGUUCGCACUCACAAGCGACGAGCCCGCGUAAAGUGAGACAGCACGCCCCAAUGUGCCUCAUAUUGAUGUAUGCCAAAAUGUUCAUGAACAAGUAAUAAAGGUGAUUCGAUAGGUUGGUUUCGAUUUUACGAAAGAGCUAGAUAAUUGUCGUAGGUACAAUGACAGUUGAUUUCGCGGCAAAAAACUUCAACAAAACCAUAGACAUACUUGUGCAAUAAAAUUGUGGCAUCUCAUCGAUCAGUUGCCUUAUUUAUUUUAUAAAAAAAAAAGAAACAGUUCUUAUUUUGAAAUUUACCGCAUCUAUCAUCUACCAGUUGCAAUACUGUUUUGUGAUAUAAAUUGAAAAUAAGAAGAAGAAUUGAGAAAUGAGGUAUUAUUAAGAAAAUUAUUAAAAAAAAAUAUUAUGGAUUUUUUUUGUUAACUAUUGUUUUAAAUAGAAUAGUAAAUUAAUAUUUUUGUCUUUUGAUAUAGUCUUUGGUCUUUGUGUUAUGUUAUUAUUGAUUUAUGUAUUAAUUAACAUAUUUUGUUUAAGAAUAAACAGCCUAUGAGUGGCGCCAUCUGUGCUGAAUGUUCAGCGGUAUGACCAUACAAGCCUUGCUUCCAUAAUCUCGGCUUCUACUAAAGUACAUGUCAUACACACAUUUUGUGUUUCUAAUAUGUAUUUUUAUAAAAAUAUUUUGGCAUCCAUAUAUGCGAUCAUGUUUUAUACAUGUUUCAUAUGUAUAAAACUUAUUAUAAAUACUACAAAUAUUUUACAUGUACUUCUAAUAUGCAUUAUAUGUUUGAUAGAUUAUGAGUAAGAUGUUACACAGUUAAAAACAUUCAUACCAGAGUGUGAUUUUGUACAAAAGUCGAUUGCUUGGGUACCUCUGUGCCAUUCGUGUUUCUACCGUGAAGCAGUUGUGUUUGCAUGGCUGUCUUUCGGUUUGAAAGGUGGGAUAUGGCGUCAAUUUACUGGGUACAGAGGAACAACACCUGAGUCCUCAGGAAUGGCAACGCAUGGGGGGUAUCAUGGGUGACACAGUAUACUCUGUUAUGUCCAUGGUACUGCUCAUGUCUAUAGGCGACGGUUACCACUUUCCAUCAGGUGGGCCGUCAGCUUGUUUGCCAUUCUACGUUGUAUAAAAAAAAAUCAUGCCAAUGUAUGGCAACAUUUGAAUUUAUAUAUAAUUUUCUUCUAUAACUUUUAAAUAUUUAUACCUACACAAGAUCAUAAAAAUCGAUUAAAAGGUUCCUAUAACCAGA